AUCCGGGCUGCGCAGCGUCGCGGGGCCAUGGUCGCGCUGUGGAAAGCCGUUCUCUCGGAGACUCUCCUGGGCUAUAUUUCUUGGUCUCUUUACCAUGCACUGCCACCGAUGAUCUACUACUUCCCCCUUCAGACACUGGCACUCACGGGUCUAGAAGUUUUUGCUCUUGCCUUCUUUUCACCAAUAUUCUUGAUAAUUGGCCCCUUUUGGAGGUUGGCUAACAAUAAGUACAUCCUAGCCUUCCUGAGACUGAUUACGAUUGGAAGCUUAGCAUCAUACCAGGCACCAAAUGCUUCAAUUAGGCUAUUCAUCUUGGCCGCAGGUCUCUCCGCCUCACUGCUGGUUCAAACAGUAACGUGGUGGUCAGGAAACAGUUUACAAAGGUUCCUCAGGAUAUGGGGCUUCAUGCUAGGCAAGAUAAUGCUCCUUGUCCUUCGCAUCUGGUAUACAUCACUAAACCCAGUCUGGAGCUCACGAGCUGCCAAUACUGCCAUAUUGACAGUUGGUUUUAUAGCAGCAGUGGAGCGAAUUUAUUCAGAUACAGACAAGAGGAAACAAGAAGCAAACAAAACCAGUAAUGCAGUUAGACAGGCUGUUUCCCACCCUCAUUGGCUUUUGUCAGGGAUUGCUUUUGGCAGCCUCAUGUUCCUCACCCUGUGGAUAUUUGGGGAAGUCUCAUUAAUUUCUAGAUGGGCAGUAAGUGGACAUCCACAGACGGGUCCAGAUCCUAAUCCCUAUGGAGGUACAGUUCUGUUGGGCCUGGCUCAUGGGCUGAUGCUGUCAUUUUGGAGCUGGUCUUCUGUCACCAAUCUUACCUGGUUUCUUGUAGGUGUAGCAUCAUCAGCUGGUCUCCUUUAUUUACACACUUGGAGUGCUGCUGUUGCAGGCAACAUUCUUGCUGUGUUUACUAUGUGUGUGUGGCCUCAACUGACUGGACACUUUGUUAGCUGCCUGCAUCCUGGGAAAGCCAUGAGUACAGCCAUGUUUGCCUAUGUUUUUGAAUUAUUCUUCUGUGUAUGGUGUACAGCUUAUAAAUUUGUACCUGGAGGAAUUUACGCUAGAGAAAGCUCCCAUCUUCUUCUAGGGUUUAUAAUGCUAUGUGUUGGGGCAGGCUUUCUAACAGGACCCAAGAAAGACCUUAGCGCUAUCUUUGAAGUGAAGAGCAACCAAAAGCUGUUAUUCAAAAAGAGUAAAAACUAUAUUAAACUAUUAUUGUGGCUGUUUGUUGGUAUUGGUUUGCUGGGAUUAGGUCUACGUUAUAAAACUUAUCAGAGGAAGUUGGGCCAAUGGAUUCCAAAAAGAGACUUCUCUGCUAUGAUCUGGCCUUUUAGAUUUGGAUAUGACAAUGAAGGAUGGUCUAAUUUGGAAGGAUCAGCUAAUUUACUUAAUCAGACAGGUACAGACUUUAUCACUAUUAUAGAGAGUGAUGCCUCUAAACCAUUCAUUGGAAACAAUGAUCCAACGAUGUGGCUAGGAGAAAAGCUGGGAUUUUACACAGAUUUUGGUCCAAGCACAAGAGAUCAUACUUGGGGGAUUAUGGCACUAUCGAGGUAUCCAAUUGUAAAGUCUACACAUCACCUUCUUCCAUCUCCAGAAGGAGAGAUUGCACCUGCCAUCUCCAUGACUGUCAACUUCACAGGGAAACUGGUUGAUUUUGUUGUUGCCCACUUUGGAAAUGAAGAAGAGGACUUGGACAGAAAACUCCAGGCUAUAGCCGUCUCAAAGUUAUUGAAGACUAGCUCUAAGCAAGUUGUAUUUCUAGGGUACAUCACUUCAGCUCCUGGAUCCAGAGAUUAUACUGAAUUAAUACAAAAUGGAAAUGUCCAGGAUAUUGACAGUACAGAUCACGACAGAUGGUGUAGCUAUAUUAUGUAUCGUGGAGUAAUAAGGUUGGGCUAUGCCCGCAUAUCUCAUGCUGGUUUAAGUGACUCAGAAGUCCAGAUGGCCAAAUUUAGGAUCCCAGAUCAGCUGGAUAGCUAUGUUGACAAUGACAGAAUUGUCAUUGAUCCCAGCCAAGUUCCUGAGGACAUCCACUUCAAUCCCAGGUUUGGAUCUUAUAAAGAUGGACAUAAUUAUGAGCACAUUCAUCACUUUCAUAUGAGCACACCUAAAUAUUUUAAACAGACAAAUUAGCAUGAGAAAAUAACGUAUAUCACACACCACAAAGAAAGGUUUGUUGCUUGAAAAUGAAUUGGCAGCCAAAAAGAUGACGUUAAGGGUGAGCAACUCCCAUGCUGUAUAACACUCUGAAUGUUUGUGUAACAGUUGAUGACUCUUCUUUAGGGAGUUAUCACUGGGAGAGUGGGAAGGUCUAUGCAUUUUGAUAAACUGGUAUCUACCUGGGCCAGAUAUCUGCUUUGUAAGCAGCAAAGCAAGGGCAGUACUUGCUUUGCUUACUUGUACAGUAUUUACUUGCUUUGGCAGAAAUUUCAACUUUUUUUUUCAAGGUAUCCUAUACUGUGCUAACUGUUUCAGAGUUGAAUGUAUCUAUCCAGAUCUUCUUUAGGGUCCGGCUAUGACCCCUUUCCUCUCCUGGCAGCUCACUGAAGCAAUCACCUGCAAGGGAUUUCAACUGAUUUCCACAAUUUUUAGAUGACCGAGACAAAGCAGAAUGUUGUGGUAGCAUAGGUAACCUGCUGGUACAUGCUGCAGUUUGUAGUCCUGCUCCUAUGGCAGUAAAAAUUUUGGCCUUAGGCUUUUCAAAAUAGGUAUGAGACUAAUGUUUUUGGUUUGUUUUUUUUUUUUUUACUUGGGAGAUAUGCAGUAACUAUGUGUUUGAAGAGUGAGCAUUUCUGUCUUACUGAAACAUACUUAUAUCUGCUUCUAUUCCACAUUUUAUUAUUAAGUUUUAUUAGAACAAUUUACAGAUGUUCAUAAUAUUAGAGAAAAAGUGGGGGCUUUUACAGCCUUUUUUAACAGGACAUUAGACACUGCAAUGCUUUUACAAAGGGAAGAGUAAAGUACUUCGAUUAUUUAUGAGAUGCUUGUGUGAAAACACUGCGGAAGAUGUAAGAAAAGUUGAUGACAAUUUUGAUUUUAAAUGAACUCUAAUAAAAUAAUUUUCUUCCUUUGCUAGCACUACACUUCAGUGGGACUAGUGGAACUGAGAAAUGAGGCUUUUUUUUUGACCUAGGCAGCAAAUUACCUACUAAUUAACAUGUGUAACAUAAUGUAAAAUGUUGUGUUUUCUGGGGAUCUCUUGUUCAAUGCUGUUAUAUUUAACUCCUUGUCCUUCAGUGUGUGUGCAGAGCUUCCCUUAGACAGAGGACAUCUUCAGUGUUGUCCAAAGGAAAUUUCAUGCUUAUGAGAAACCUGUGAUUUACCUAAAUAACCCCCUUAACUUGGAAACCACACUUGUGAUGUUGGUAGUUAGUACUGUGUUUUUUGCAGUAGUGCCUAAACAUACUGUAACUGAAAGGAGUAAGACAUGUUCCAGGGAUGAGGGUAGGUUUUUUCUCCUCUAAUUCUCUACCAUUGUGCUUUUGAGAUCAGCUGGAGCAUACUCAAUUCUAUUGUUUCUCUAUGUAAGCAAAUACAGGACUUGGUUUUUGUUCUGUGAGUCAGGUAACUGCUGCCAUCGACAAGCUUGUUCUUUAUCACUCUUUUUUUUUUUUUUUCCCCUGGUUUUUUUGGACUCUGUUUCUGAGAGUGAAACACUUCUCUGAUCUUUGUGAAGGACAGGAUAUUUGAAUAGCACUUGAGGAAUACAUGGACACCACAAUUUGAGCUAACAGAUGGUGUUAGAAAGCUUGACUUUGUAGUUACAAUUAACCAUCACUGUUGAAUUAAUUUACUUCACACCUAAAGGUGCUGUCUUUGUCUUUCCAAACCCAGGUACAUCUAAUUAAACAUUCGGUUUAGACAUCUUUUGGGUAGGAUUUGAAACCAUUUGAACUUGUUCUCUGUGUGACUCUAGCAGGACAGGAUCAAUUAGGUUUUGAGGUGACUUGCUUGCACUUUUGUCAGUUUUCUUGUGCAAACACCAGCAGCCUCUGUCUCUCCCUUCUCCCAAUGUGCAACAGCAGCUGACACUGACACCAACAUUGCAUAGCAGCACUGAGUAUCCUCACUUCUUUGCAGCUCUGACACAUGUCCAGCCACAGGUUUGCCUUUCCAUAGCCUGUAGGAAACACUUUGACUUGCCACAUUGCUUAACAUUCUCUGCAGGAUGAGUCUGCAUAUACCUUGUGAUGUGAGCACUUUAUUCAUAUGAAAUGCAGAAAGUGAGACUAAUAAAAAGCUUGAAGAACCUUUUUUUUAAACAAUUCAAAAACAGAAUCAGGGUAUUUCUCAAGGAGUCAGACACCAAAGCUUGACUUGCAUAACAGAUCAGACUGCAUGUCAUCUCUGUAUGUUAUCUUCAAAGCCUGUGACCAUAUUUGGAUGGAUUUCCACAGCAUUUAAAAAUGUUUGCCUCAUUGGAAAUGUUCAUAUAGACAUUGACAAAAUCUAAAAUUUGAAUAUUCUCCUCUUCUGAGUAGCUUGUGUAAUACCAUGUUGGUGAACCCACACCUCAUAAUGCCUAAUAUCAGAAAACACUGUCUGCAGAUGUAAUGAGUAGCAAGUAUUUGUUGACAUUGUUUUAUCAGAAUUGCUAAGAAGGACCAUGACCACAAACUGUUUAUACACUGCUUCUACAACUGUGGUUCAAACUGGGAAGCUAAAACUACACUUGUCCUUGAAUCUGUAUCCUGAUCUAAUCUGCUCUAUCUGACAAGUUUAGAAAAAUGUAACAGUACGUCUCUGGGUUUCAAUCACUGUGUUUCAAACUAUGAAAGAAAUGUGCUAGAACAGGUCCUGCUGCAGGGGUGUGUGACUAAUCUUGCUGUUUUCUAAUCAUACUCUCUUCAUCUCAGCUUUCAUAAGAAGGUAUGUUAUGAAAGAGAAAGUUUGUGGAAAUCUAACUAUGCAUACAGGGACAGCUUGAAAGGAUAAAAUGAAUAAAAUAGGCAUUAUUUUCUAAAGGUUUGAACUCUCACUGGCAGUAAAAGAUCUAGAUUAUAUAGAUCUGUUUUAUAAAUAAUACAUAUUCUGUUGUACUCCUAAUUCCAUCCUGUCUGACAUUCUGCAUAGGUCAGUUCAGUUUCUUGGAAUAUACAGAGAGCAGUACAUUAGGAGUCUACGAGUGUGUAUCUCAGAAUAAGAGAGGACUCUAGGUAACAUGUAAGACAGCAGCUCCUGAGAGUAAUUGUCUUGGCUUCUUCAGCAGGGUGGAGAUUCAAGUCUCCACUUACAUACAUUCGUGCUUUCUACAUGUAUUGUAAGCUUAUCUCCAGGAGCAGUGGCUUUGGUGUUGCUACAGUGUACACUGAAACCUGGGAGCUGCAGUUCAAAGGUCUUGUGCUAAGAAGGACUUGAAAUUGUUAUUUCCCAUUUUCAAGAAGAGUGUUGCAGCUACAACCUCAUUAAACAAAAAUUGGGCACACCCUUUGGUUUUGAACUGGGGUUGGAGUUAUUGAAACAAGCUGGAUGCAGCUGAAGUGUGCAGGUGACCAACUCCUGAGUAUCUCACUUAGAACACUGAAAAUGUUCAGGGUCUUCUGAUGACGGUGAGGAAGCUUCAUGGCUGCAGACAAAGGUUUGUUUUGGUGCACCUCCAGGGUUCAGGCAGAAAUUGUGAGCUGUGCUCUUAAGCUUAGAGCUUCCUAAUUACGAAUUAAGCAGGAUUUUUGAAAAAUUCCAAACUGCAAAGGAAACAUAAAUCCAGUUGAACGGUUUAAAUAUGAGCUACCAGCAACGCUGAAACAUGUUUUUUCUUAUGUAUGUAAAGUUACAUUUGCAGGGUGUUACAAAAGGACCCUCAGUGUCAAAGUCGUGUGUGUGAAGAGAAUGUAACGGAACAAGCCUUUUUACUUCAACAAGCAGCAUAGUAUGAGUCCAUGGGACAGGACAAUUAAGAUGAUCUGAAUUGUUUAAUGAGGAGUGGUUUGAAAGCAGUGACAUAAUCUGCAGCUGCUACGUUCUGCCACCUGAGGUCCUCUUUUCUCCCUGAUCAGUACCGUUCUGCUGAUACCGUGCAAGAAUAAUGGACAGGUGAAGUGUUUCAUUGUAACUCUAAAAGUGAAAAAUCUUUUCAGAAGUAUAACAUUAAGGUGUUUGUAUUGACUCGGGUAUCAGUUACUUUUUCAUAUCUGCAAAUGAUUUAGAACUGUGAUUGCUGGGCUUCUGGUAGACAAGUUUCUUUUUUUACAAUGCCUUGUACUGUGCUGUGUUACUGCUUUGUUCAUGUUCAGCAAAUUAUGCUUCGAUAAUGUUUUUAUUUUCACUACAAUUCUCUCCCCCCUCUGAAUUGUACAACAUAAUGUCUUGUGAUUCUGAUGCCUAAAAUUAGCUUUCUAAGCAAAGCAAGAUAAAGAAAUGUAUUUGAGAGAUGCAGUGGUUUUAGCAAUAUGGAGUCUGAUAUUCUUUGGAAACAGAGGGGAUCCUCUUUCUCAAAGAUGCUUACACUAUGUUUCUGAUUGCGAAGAAGGUAAAACUAAGUAAAUGGCUCCUCUUUCUCACGUUAAGACA